AUGUCAAACUCCGAUCUACACAGGCUGACGGCGUCUCAAGCCGCGGCGGGCAUACGAUCCGGGUCGUUCACAGUUGAGCAAUAUGCACAAUCCCUACUCUUGCGCAUCAAAGAGAGGGAUGACACGGUCAAGGCAUGGGCGUAUCUGAACCCAGAACAAGUCCUCAACCAGGCAAGACAGCUGGACAAGAUCCCGCCCGAGAAGAGAGGUCCUCUGCACGGUGUGUCGGUGGCAGUGAAGGAUGUCAUUUAUACCAAGGACAUGCCCACCCAGCACAACUCACCAUUGUACAAAGACAGCAUGGCCGGCGUGGAUGCUGGCUCCAUCAUAAUCCUUCGAAACGCAGGCGCGCUCAUCCUGGGCAAGACGGCCACGACCGAGUUCGCCGCGACGACCGAGGGCCCCGAGACCCGCAACCCGCACGACCCGAGCCGCACGCCCGGCGGGUCCAGCUCCGGCUCCGGCGCCGCGGUGGCCGACAUGCAGGCGGCGAUCGGCCUGGGGACCCAGACUGGGGGCAGCGUUAUCCGGCCCGGCUCUUUCAAUGGCAUCUACGCGUUCAAGCCGACGUGGAACUCCAUCACGCGUGAGGGGCAGAAGGUGUUCUCGCUUAUCCUAGACACGUUUGGCAUGUAUGCGCGCUCUGUGGAGGAUUUGGAAUUGCUCGCAGACGUAUUUGCCCUGCGUGAUGACACGCCACCGUUUCCGGAAUCAGAAGGGCAGUUCUCUGUCAAGGGAGCGAAGCUUGCGUUCAUGAAGACCGUGGUGUGGGACACUCAGGUGGAGCAGGGCACUGAAGCGGCACUGGCCAAGGCUGUUCAGCUUCUGAAGGCGCACGGCGCCGAGGUGGAUGAAAUCGAGUUGCCUGACGACUUGAAGGAACUGCCCAAGUGGCACACGGUUGUGUUCAGGACUGAUGGCCAAACUGCAUUUCUUCCAGACUACUUGGUGGCCAAAGACCAGGUCCAUGAACAGCUGCAUGAGCAUGUGGAGAACAAGUACAAGCACACACAUGCGGAGCAGCUGGAUGCGUUCGACCGUAUAGCGGCGGCCAGACCAAGGGCGGAUGCGUUGUUCUCAAAAUAUGACGCGGUUUUGACUCCGUCUGUACCCGGUGAAGCACCCGUAGGCAUUAAAAGCACCGGGUCCGCGAUUUUCCAACUGAUAUGGACUGCUCUUCAUGUUCCGAUCAUCAACAUCCCUGGGUUCCAAGGACAAAACGGAAUGCCCGUUGGAAUCUCGCUUGUGGCACCGAGAUACCAUGACCGGAAGCUGCUUGCGGCGAGCAGGUCGAUUGGGAAGAUCUUCGAAGAAGAAGGUGGCUGGAAAUCGGGACUAUAG